CACGAAAUCUCCGCCAUUCCUUGCCAAGCCUCCAUUAGAACCACCAACUGCUAACCCCGCGCGUGAAACAGUGAACAAUGAUACAACUGUGAAGUGAAGUGGAAACAUGACGUCACAGAUCUGGUCACCUCCGGACAUUAGGGGCGUUUGUGCGGAAGAGCAAGCUCCCCUCACAUCAUGCUCGCAAACUGGAUUCAUGUUCUUAGCUCUAGUUACCCAACUCUUCGGCGGUUCCUCCGAUACCCCAAAACCGAUUUCAGGUCCAGGUCAAAAUUACGGAACCCUAGGUGGCAUCAGCUAUGGCGUUUCUAAGCCUGUCAACCCUUUCUACGGAACUGUGACAUCUCCUGCUUUCGAAACCAGCAUUUUGGGGCCAACGCAAGUGACACCAUUGGGACCUUUGCCAAGUAAUUUCUUAAGGCCUGAAGUUCAGAGCGUAACCCCUGGGCUAGGACCCGUCAGAAGCCAGUUCCCAUUUGAUGGUCAAGGGUUGGGAUCACAAGCCAAGGGAGUUAAAGUGAGCCACCAUUCUUCCGCAUCGUUUUACAUGAAGAAAGAUAAUGAACCGGAAGUCAAGUUUGAAUUCGGCUCAACAUCAAGUAGACACCCUGUGUCUAGAAGUGACUUCGAAGAUGUUCUGGCUUCAGAUUCUGAAAAAGUGACUGUGAAAGUAGAUGAAGAAGCAAAGGUUAAAGCUAAGAAAAAGGAAAGACGACGUAGAAAGAAAAGGCAAGUGAUUGAAGAAUAUGAUUUUAUAAUUGUCGGCGCUGGGUCGGCGGGGUGUGUCCUGGCAAAUCGGCUGUCGGAAGUGAAAAGUUGGAAGAUCCUACUCCUAGAAGCCGGCCCAGAGGAGCCAGAUGUGACCAGCGUGCCUUCCUUCGCCCCCCUACUAGGGAGCUCCAACAUCGACUGGCAAUACCGCACGCAGCCCGAAGAGCUGACGUGCAGGGCGCAACGGGGACAGACUUGCCCUUGGUUCAGAGGUAGAACAAUGGGAGGCUCCAGCGCUAUAAACUACCUGGUUUAUAUGAGAGGGAACCGGAAAGAUUACGACCACUGGGCCGAACUCGGAAACAUCGGAUGGAGCUAUAAGGAGGUUCUUCCGUACUUCAAAAAAGCUGAAAACAACCGCGACUUUGAAGCCAAAGACAAACAUUACCAUUCCGUUGGAGGCCCUCUGAAUGUUGAAAGAUAUCCUUUCUUAGACAUCAAUUCUAUGAUGUUAGUCCAGGCCUUCAAAGAAAGAGGCAUUCCACUUACAGAUUUCAAUGGUCCUCACCAACUAGGUACAGACAUCGCACAGUCCACAUCUCGCCAUGGCCGCAGGUGGUCUGUAAACACAGCAUACAUCAGGACUAUUCACAACAAAAGACCAAAUUUGGUCAUCAUAAAAAAUGCUCUUGCAACUAAACUCAUCAUCGACUCUUUCUCAAAAACAGCACAUGGGGUGGAGUAUAUCAGGCAUGGAGCGCUUCACUUAGUUUACGCAAAAAAAGAAGUAAUUGUAAGCGGUGGACCGAUCAAUUCUCCGAAGCUUUUAAUGUUGUCAGGAGUAGGACCUAAAGAGCAUUUGCAAAGUUUAGGAAUACCUGUUUUGUCAGAUUUAAGAGUUGGUAGCAAUUUGAUGGACCAUGUUACCACUGAUGCGUUGAUUGUACAACUCAAUCGCACAAACACUUUAGUUCCUAGUGAAGUGUUAUUUAACUCUGUAUACGACUAUUACUAUCAAGGUCCAAAGAAAAAUGGUCCAUUAGCAACUACUAAUACGCUAAACGGUGUUGCUUUUAUCAAAACAGAGUUUAGUUACGACGGACCUGGCGUACCAGAUAUUCAAUUCCAUUUUGAUGGAAGAAACGUCAGAGAAUUCUACGCUGAUCCAACCCAUUAUUUAGCAUCAAAUAUAUUUCCAUUGGCUUAUCAUGAUGGCUUGUCAGUGAGGCCUUUACUACUAGUGCCAAAAAGCAGAGGAGUUGUUUUGCUAAACGCUUCAGAUCCUGUCUUUGGUCCACCGUUGAUAUAUCCUGGGUUCUUUUCUCACAAACACGAUGUUGACACGUUGGUUGCUGCUAUGCGAUUCUCUGUAAGUCUGGAAGAAACUGAAGCAUUCAGAGCUAGUGGUGCUUACUUUGUACGAACCCCGGUUGAGGCUUGCGCCCAUCACCAUUGGGGCACUUACGAGUAUUUCUUCUGCCUUCUUGUCCAAUAUACAUCGACAAUAUACCACCCCGCUGGGACAUGUAAAAUGGGUCCGAAUUGGGACAAAGAUGCCGUAGUGGAUCCAAGAUUGAGAGUGUAUGGUAUCAAAAAGUUAAGGGUGAUCGAUUCUUCCAUAAUGCCAGUAAUAAUUAGAGGUAAUUUGAACGCACCAACUAUAAUGAUUGCUGAAAAAGCAGCGGAUAUGAUUAAAACGGAUUGGUUGCUAUAGAA